UGUCGUCACGCGAGGAGGCGGGGCCAGAGCGUGUCAGCGAAGCCGAAUCAAAACAAGCCUGAGACCCGCCUUUUCCCUCCCGCUUGCUCGCUCGCCUCGCUCGCGCCAGGGGCUAGGGCGCCCGCGCGGCUGGGAGCCUCCGGUGGCUGUGCGCCGGCUCCAGGAAGCCGGGGAGGGCGCGGCGGCUGGGAUGGCGCGGCGCGGGCCGCACGGUUAGACAGACAGUGGAGGAGUCCUCGGCCCGCGCCCUCCAUUCUCUCCCUCAGGCGGCGGUUCGCCGCGCCGGGUCGGGAGCGGCCGCACCGCGGGGAGACGCCUUCAUUGGCACGGGACACUUGAACGCUCACGAAAUGCCUAACCCCAAAAACAGUAAAGGUGGCCGCAAAAACAAACGCGCCAACAGUAGCGGGGACGAGCAGGAAAAUGGAGUCGGGGCCCUGGCAGCGGCGGGUGCGGCGGGCGCGGCAGCGGGGGGGACCCUGGCAGCGACGGCCGGCUGCGGAGCGGCGGCGGCGGGGGCGGCGGGCUGCGGGGGUUCGGCGGGCACCGGAGGCGCGGGGACGGGUGCCGCCAACGCCGCGGCCUCGGCGGGGACGGCAGCCGCGGGCGACGCCAAGAACGAAGCUCCUUGUGCUACUCCCUUGAUCUGCAGCUUUGGGAGACCAGUGGACCUAGAGAAAGAUGACUACCAGAAGGUGGUGUGCAACAAUGAGCAUUGUCCCUACAGCACCUGGAUGCACCUGCAGUGCUUCUAUGAAUGGGAAAGCAGCAUUCUGGUCCAGUUUAACUGCAUUGGCCGGGCACGCAGCUGGAAUGAGAAGCAGUGCCGCCAGAACAUGUGGACAAAGAAGGGAUAUGAUCUGGCCUUCCGCUUCUGCUCCUGCCGCUGUGGACAAGGCCACUUAAAGAAGGACACAGACUGGUACCAGGUAAAACGGAUGCAGGAUGAGAAAAAGAAGAAGUCUGGGUCAGAGAAGAAUACAGGGAGGCCCCCAGGAGAGGUGGCAGAGGAGGUAAAAAAAUGCAGACCAUCAAAUAAGCCUCAGAAAGGCCUAAGCCAUGACCUACCCCGCCGACACUCCAUGGACCGGCAGAACUCCCAGGAGAAGACUGGCAGUGCCACAGUCUAUGGGGCCCGCUCACCCUGUGGCUCCCCUGGCCAGUCCCCACCCACAGGCUACUCCAUUCUCUCUCCUGCCCAUUUCAGUGGUCCCCGCUCCUCCAGAUACCUUGGGGAAUUCUUGAAGAAUGCAAUCCAUCUUGAGCCUCACAAAAAGACUAUGGGUGGGGGCCAUGUGUUCAGAAAUGCCCACUUUGAUUAUGGUCCAGCUGGGAUAUCAGUGCACAGGGGGGGACACUUUGAUGCACCCAUACAGUUCCUGCGAAGACUUGACCUCUCUGAGCUCCUCACCCACAUCCCCAGGCAUAAGUUGAACACUUUCCAUGUGCGGAUGGAAGAUGAUGCCCAGAUGGGCCAGGGCGAGGAUCUUCGAAAAUUUAUCCUUGCCGCCCUUAGUGCCAGCCACAGAAACGUUGUAAACUGUGCUCUGUGUCACCGGGCACUUCCAGUGUUUGAACAGUUUCCACUGGUGGAUGGAACUCUGUUCCUAAGCCCAUCAAGACACGACGAGAUUGAAUAUGAUGUUCCUUGUCACCUUCAAGGGAGACUCAUGCAUCUGUAUGCAGUGUGUGUGGACUGUCUGGAAGGUGUUCACAAGAUCAUCUGCAUCAAGUGUAAGUCUCGGUGGGAUGGCAGUUGGCACCAGCUGGGAACCAUGUACACCUAUGACAUCCUUGCUGCCUCUCCAUGUUGUCAGGCCCGCUUGAACUGUAAGCACUGUGGGAAGCCCGUGAUAGAUGUGCGGAUUGGGAUGCAGUACUUCUCUGAGUACAGCAAUGUCCAGCAAUGUCCACACUGUGGGAACCUGGACUACCACUUUGUGAAGCCAUUUUCCUCCUUCAAAGUUCUUGAAGCUUAUUGAUGAAAGCUUUGCUUUAGUAAUAGCUGUUUUAUUGCUAAUAUUACUUUACUACAUAUCUUUUAUAGAGAAACAUUCUGUGACAUUAAUUUCUUUUCUAAUUUACAGGAGUUCCUUUAUGUAUGUGUGCCACUAAAGUGGGGGCUACCCCCUGCCAUCUUUUGAUUACUGAGUGCUAGUCUGUGAACCAUGACCAAAUGGAUAAACCAGUGAGUUAGAGAUAGCAGUUCACUAACAGGCUCUUUUGCAACUUUUAAAAGUUUGGAGAGGAUGAAGUGAAUUUAGCAAAGUCAUCAUGUGGUUGUCAUCAAAGAGCAUGAUAGGAGUUGGGAGGGAACUCUUAAUAUGCCAGCUAUCUCAGCCCCACUUCCAGUCUUCUCUGGCCUUCAGGAAGAACAUAUGACAAAUGAAUGUAAAUCUGUGCCUGAAGAGCUGAUAGUAUAUUAGUCUAUCUUGGUCUAGCAUCCUCAGUGAUAGAUUUUUUGAAAGUGAACAUGAGUGCUGUUUCUAUCACUGCUGUAAUUUAACAGUUUUCAUACUAAAAAAAAAAAAAGUACUCAAAUUGUAAGACAAAUGAAAGCUACUGACAAUGAAAAUAAAUGAAUUUGGAAGUGAUGCCCACUGAUACAAAAGGGAAAUGAGACAGAAGAACCCUGUUCUUUGAAGUUAUUCACAUUAGCCCUUACGGAGAAUUCAUGAAUAUCAUUACUUGAGUAGCACUGAUUUAUAUAGGCUGCACUUUCAAAAAGCCAUUUGAUUCUCCUUACAGGUAAAUAUCAUAGCCAUAGAUCCUAACUGGUUAAUUUUAGAGCCAGUCUGUUGUGGUACUUAUCUUCCCCUAAAUUGCUCCUAGCUAGCCAUGUUUUACACAUUUAAUGCUGAAUUUCCAAAAUCAGAGAUUUGAAUUUAGAAAAGAAAGAAAAGAAAAAAACUGUUCCUGAAGAAUAAUGAGGAAAACAGUCUUGGUAUUUCAUUUUAGCUGUGAUUCAUUUUGAGAUACAACUGAUCAUAAUGCACAAUAAUAUGCUUGAAAAUAUAUAAUUUUAAAGACCUCUAUGUAACUUAGCAUUGGUGAUAACAUUUUCAUUCUGAAUGAUUUAACACAUGUAAUUUGACAUUUGAUGACCUGAAAAAGUAUUUCACAGUGGGAGGAAAUGCUCAAACCCUACAAGAAGCAUAAAAUUAUUAUUGGUAUUAUUAUUGGUUUGACAGCCUUUAAUGCAACUGAAAGAGGCAUUAUAGGAUAUAUCCUUUGAAAAUUUGUCAUUAACACAAAAUGCUAUAGUUGUGAAUUAGCUGUUUCCAUAUUGAUUUCUCAUGUAUACAUGUAUAAAAACUAAUACAUUUCUCAGAGUGCCAUUUGUGUUUUAUUUCUGGAUUUAAAAUUAAUAGUAAGCUAUUUGUAGUGCUAUUCUUUAAUUCACCUAAAUUUUAUAGAGAAACCUUAAUUUGGUGUCCUAAAGCUUGAAGAUUACAUAUAGAUCCCAUUCAACAAGCUCAACAUUCUCAAACUGUAGUGAAUCAGAUGUUUGGUGGACUGUUUUCUCCUCCUUUCGUUUCUUCUUCCCUAUGUAAGUAUGGUGUGGUUUUACUAUAAUUUGAUAGACUGCUUUGCCCCUUUAUUUUAGAUGUUAAAGUUAGGAUUCUUUGAAUGUGGCAGUUAUGUAAAAGGAGAGACAUAGAUAUUAUAUCUGAGACUAUCUUUUGCCUUAAAGCCAUUACAUUCUUGUCUAUAAGGACAUUUUGACUGAUUUGAAAAUAAAGUACCCAACAGUGUGAAGGAUUAAGUCUUAUUUUAAAAUAUGCUAUCUUUAAUACAUAAUUCUUCAAAGUACUUUGAGUAGUUACAUGGGAAUUUGGGUAUAUCAGAAAUUAUGUUGGGUUUUGCUGUGGUUUGGAAAGUAGAGGAUAUCAAUUACACAAAAAAUCCAUUUUCUGUGUUUUUGAUGGAGAAUAUUCAAUAACAUGAACCAUUCACAAGUAACUAGUAAUUUCAAACUGAUUCUUCAUUAACCUUAACUUUUCCCACUUAACCUAAGUAAUACCUUGCAUGGGGACUUUAUUUAUUUAUUUAUUUAUUUGCUUUUGUUUGGAGAAAAAAGAAAAAAGAAAAGAAAAAGACUUUCUGAUUUGACCUCAUCAGUUUUUUCCUUCAGACCUCAGUUCUCUUAAUGGUCCAUCAAAAUCAGUCAUUAAUUUUUACCUUAAAUGAGAUCUUAGUCAUGAAAUUGGAGAGUGGAAUGAAUAAUUAAGAACUUGCCAGAAGUUUCAGGUUUUGGAAAAGAAACUCAUUUUACAGUAAAAUGUUUUUCAUAUCUGUUCAGGGGGAAAUCAACUCAUCAGGAAAGAAUAUCACUUAUUGUUUAAACAUUAAAGUUAAUAUACUGAUAUGUAUAAAUUAGUAGAACAACAGAGCUACUUGCUAUGGUUGCUCAUUCUUUCCUAUAAGUCUAAUGAUUAAUAUAGUCUGUUUUCCUAUGCCCAGCUCAGUAAUUCAGAUUUGCUUUUCUUUCAGUCUCAUAGUAGCAGCUGCAUAAUUGUAGUUGGAAGUUGGGGAGGAAGUGAGAAGAAAGUACUCUUGUUCAGUGUUUUGAUUUCUAUAAUAGGAUGCUGACUCAACCCAGCUCAUCUCUGUGUCCUAUUGACUAUAUUAUUACUAUUCAGGCAUAAGGAAAUGUAAUGGAUGGGCACCAUUAAAACUAGAUUAAAAUAUAUUCUUGUCAGUAAGAAUUUCUCAUCAUUGAUGUCUUGCUUUGCACUUUUGUUGAGGGAAGAUGGUGUAAAUAGUCAAAGAAUGUUGAUAAAAUUGAAACAUUUGAUUAUGGAGUUGUGUGUGAUGUUAGAAGGUUCCUCUUUGUGAAAUGUAUGUAUUAAGAAGAAUAAACUUUCAGAAACUAA